AGGUCGGUCCAAAGACCUUAAUGUCCAGCGGCCACAACCUAUAAAGAGCCCCGGUACAUGCAAUGUGUGCUCUGUGAAUGUGUACUCUGUUUUUUCCAUUUCCACACAGAGCACAGUAAAGCUCGCUUUGCUGCCAACAGUAGAGAGAGAAAAAGCGCAACACAAAUGUGUUGUUUGCUACAAGAUUGAUCAAAGAAGAACUCAUUUGAACUUCGGAUUGUUCGUCUAAACUUAAUUCAAAGAAAAUGAAAGGCUAUUAUAGCAGCAGUGCGAGUUCAAGUAUCGGAUCUCCAAAUCUGAAUUUCCGAAACGACUGCGUUUCUCCUAUCAAUUCGCCGAACGAAUCAAUACUGAUGAGAUACCUACGAUCAGGAUCACCGUCGGAUCAUGAUUACUCUCCUUCUCGAAAUACGAGCCGUUCGGUCGUCAGCAGAAGCAGCAUUUCUAGCAGAUCGCCAUUAUCAGGUUUGGAGAAUUUGGAGGAAGAUGUUCUGGUUAUGGACGGAAUUCUGGUUGAUUCAAACAAGAUUUCAAAAAGCGCGGGAAAAUUCCGUUCGCCGGUUAACUCUGAUUCAUCGCCGAAUUCCGGAGUUAAUCUUUACAAGACGGAGCUUUGUAUGUCAUGGGAGGAUACUGGAACUUGCCGCUACGGCUAUAAAUGCCAGUUUGCACACGGACAGGAAGAGAUGCGUCCACUACAGAAUCGUUUUCGCACUGAUUAUGUUGUGCAGUUCAUGGAUCCAUAUUACAGUCCAUUGUCAAGCCCAUUUAGUUCAAGCAGUAAAAAGAUCUCUCCUGAGACAACGGCUCCUGCACCGACUAAAGAAGCACGAAAGUCGAAGAGCAAGAAAGCUUCACUUACCCAACCAAAUGAUACUAGGAGUGUAACCCCUAAUCUCACAAGCACAGAUUGGUCUCCCAUGGAUGAUGGUAUCGUUGUGGAAUUACCAUCAUCAACUGGUAAAGCUCCUUCAAGACAAGCUGUUGAUGAGCACAUUCACAGUGUGAUUUGUGGUCCUAGUCAAAAGAAGAGGUUGCCUGUUUUCGUUGAUAUUUGCCCUGAGUAGCACUUUCUUUGUUCGUAAACUUCAGCUGUGAUAAACUGCAACUUUUGGAAGUAUAAUUUUUAGAUGUAAAUUUCUAAUAUACUGAUUACUGAAAAUAUGGAUUUAGUAUAGGCCAGGUAUGAACCCCUUUAGAUAAUAUCAUCUGGUCCUUUUUUUUAGGGGAUAAUAUACUCUGUUUUGGUAAUGAACCAUACAAGGCAUAACUAGAGAGUACUAGCAAACUGCUGUAUAGUCCAAAUUCUACUUAUUCGUGGGUGAUGAAGGGGAGUUUAUAGUAGAAAUUCAAAGUUUGUUAA